UGCUCCCGUAGGAGUACUUCCAUCCAUCUAUCCAUCUCCUCCAACUAUAGUGUGUUCUGGUCCCGGAGCCAGAGGAAAAGUAGAGGGGAGAGGAAUUUAGGGGCAGAUUGAUAUAGGUACUCGGGGGGCAGUAACUGGCCAGAAGGGCUUCAAAGGACGACUGGUGAAAACGUGCUCUGGAUUCAGCAUGUUUUUCUCCUAAUGUUGACAUUGCGGUUCGCCUCUUGUCCAUAUAAACCUCGUUUAGUAAAGUUUGAGACACAUCAGAAGCGCAAUGGCUGACCCGCUGAGUUUCAUGCAUCAGUCUGAUCAGGGCUCCAGCAGCGAGCGGAGCGACGAUUCCCCGUCUGCCGUGUCUGAGGAUGACUCGAGCGGCAACAUCUCCCCGCCUGACCCAGACUGGACCGAAGAGAGGUUUCGAGUUGACCGCAAGAAGCUAGAAACUAUGUUACUGGCUGCCAAUGAGGAGAGGAUAAAUGGAGGAGAGGAUUUUUUUCAGAAGGUCAUGGAUGAAACCAACACUCAAAUCGCCUGGCCAUCUAAGUUAAAGAUUGGAGCCAAGUCCAAAAAAGAUCCACAUAUUAAGGUCAGUGGAAAGAGGGAAGAUGUGCGAGAAGCGAAAGAGAAAAUAAUGUCCGUUCUUGACACAAAGAGUAAUCGUGUGACUCUGAAAAUGGACGUAUCACACACAGAACACUCGCAUGUGAUCGGGAAAGGAGGAAAUAACAUCAAACGAGUGAUGGAAGAGACUGGCUGCCACAUACACUUCCCUGACUCUAACAGACACAGCCAGGGAGAGAAGAGUAACCAGGUGUCAAUAGCAGGGCAGCCGGCUGGAGUAGAGGCAGCGAGAAUUAAAAUAAGAGAGUUGUUGCCAUUGGUGCUGAUGUUUGAAUGUAGUGGGGUGGUACAGCAGGUGGACUGUAGCUCUCCGGUAGUUCAGCAUAUAUCCCACACUUACAACGUCUCCAUCUCCUUCAAACCGCCCUCUCGUCUCUAUGGCAACACUGCCAUUGUCCGCGGCAACCAGAACAAUGCUGAUGGUAUUAAGCGAGGAACAGCUUUGCUAUUGGAGCACCUCGCUGGGUCUUUUGCCGGCUCUGUUCUGGUUGGCACACAACUGGACAUCGCACCCCAGCACCAUCUCUUCCUGCAGGGUCGCAAUGGAGCCAACAUCAAACACAUUACCCAGUGCACAGGAGCCCACAUACACUUUCCUGACCUCAACACACACUCACACUCCCCCACGCACACUAGCCGCUCCGCAGUCUACAUACAGGGGAGCAUUGAUGCCGUAUGUGCAGCUAGACAGCAGCUCAUGGGCUGUCUGCCGCUGGUGUUGAUGUUCGAUAUUAAGGAGGAGAUGGAGGUGGCGUCUCAGGUCAUCACUCUUCUUAUGGAGCACCUAGACGUCUUCAUCAGUAUUAAACCAAAACCGAAACAACCCAGCAAGUCUGUGAUUGUGAAGAGUGUGGAAAGGAAUGCUGGUAGUAUGUAUGAGGUACGCAGGAUUCUGUUGGGGCUUGAGUCCAGCUGUGUUCCCUCCUCCAUUAGUCCUAUCGCUGUGAACGGACAUACUUCUGCCUCCCCUCCCUUGUUUGGCUCCGUUGGACAGGACCCUCUAGCCUCAGCUGGACUGAGGCUAAGCACUUUGGCUGAUCUUCUAAGGUCUUCAGUCAGCCCCGUUGCAAAUGGUUCCUCCAACCCAAACUCUGUCUUUAACGGACAGGGCUCUGUCUUAAACAUCCAGAAUGGAGCAUCAAACAACACACAGCACAUUCAUUCGCCCUCUCACACACCUGCUAAUUCACACACACAUUCACAUGCUUCUGUUCACACAGCGUCUCUUUGGCCUUGUGCCUUCAGUUCAACAGCUAACACAGCAGGGUUUUCCUCCAAUCUGAUGUUGCAGUCUGUGUCUCAGGCGACUCUUAGUGGUCUUCUUCUCUCUGGUGUCCAGAGUCAAACACACACACCAUCCCCUCCACCUGGACUUGCACCGAUACACAAACCAGCCAGCACCGAACAUCUCAAUGGACAUCUUGCCAGUUCUGUGUACAGUAGGAUCUCCUCUGUAUCGCUUAACCCCGCCCACUGUGACACUGCCCAGGAAGUUAUCGGACAUGCCCAAUCUGAAUCCAUUUCCAAUAAAUCAACAGAUGAAGGCUCUGAUACAUUUGUUGAAGUGGGCAUGCCCAGGAGCCCAUCUCAUUCAGCCAAUAGGAGUGAGCUAAAGCAGAUGCUGACUUCCUGCACAGCAUCCUCAGUGAAACGACAAACGGUGGAACUUCUGCAGAGAACCAAGAACUCACUUCUCCAUGUGGAGUGUGUGUUGGCAGAUUCCGAAUGUGAGAAUGCAGUCACUGAUAAAAGAGCACCAGGGAGUGAGAGAGCAGCAGAAAGAAGACUUGCACCACAUUUACAGGCUUUUGACUAUGAGAAAAAAAAGCUACUAGCCACUAAAGCCAUGUUAAAGAAGCCGGUUGUAACAGAGAUUCGGACCCCGACAAAUACCUGGAGUGGGUUGGGCUUCUCUAAAUCAUUGCCAGCAGAGUGCUUGAAAGAGCUGCACAGGGCGAACCGUGUGCCAUAUAAACCCAGCAUGUGCACGACAUAUGAGGACUCUCAUCUGUCUGUGUCACACUCUGGGAGUCGAGAAAGUUUGGGUAAUGGCACUGAAUGUGAUAAUUGGGGUGAUCGGAAUGGGAAUGUUAACAUCAAUGGGAACGGACUCUCAGGAAACUCUGAAUUUUCCCCUGCUGUCAGCAGCCCAAAGAGAAUCAAGAACAGAUCUAUAGGUGAACAGUAUCUCAGCAGCAGUAAUUAUAUGGACAGUAUCUUUAUGUUGGGUAGUAAUGGCUGCUCUCUCAGCUCAUCUCUUAAAGGAACAGACCUCCCUGAGCUUUUCAGCAAACUCGGUCUCGGCAAGUACACAGACAUCUUCCAGCAGCAGGAGAUUGAUCUGCAGACAUUCGUCACCCUGACAGAUCCAGACCUGAAGGAACUAGGAAUCGCGACAUUUGGUGCUCGCAGGAAAAUGUUACUUGCGAUCUCAGAGCUGAACAAGAGCAGGAGGAAGAUCUUUAACACACCCAACAUUCGCUCCUCCUUCCUAGAAGGCGGGGCCAGUGGACGGCUGUCGCGGCAGUUCCACGCAGACGUGGCGAGUGUCAGUGGUUGUUGGUGAUCUCAUAUCUUUACUUGCUCACAAGCAUCUAUCCUUUCCAUGACUUUUCCCCAGAGGUGAACCAGCGAUCCCUUACCUAAACUGGACUCUAGCUCUUAUUCUUACUGGACUCUAGUUGAUGUAAAAAGGCGAAAUGAGAUGCAGCGACGGAGCUUAAAAAUACGCAAAAGGGAAAUUAUUCAAUUUUGUUAGAGAAUGUGCCAAUAAUGUUGUCUUACAUUAAGUCUGGGUUAACAGGUAAAGCUCAGAGAUUAUAAACAAACCAUACUGUCAGUGGCAAGCACACUGCGGUAUUGGUGUCUAGCACUUUAAUCUGUAUACUCUGCUGUUUUUGCCUGUUGGUUGUAUGCAACUUUUGUUUUUUGGGGGGGGGUUGUAACUUCAGUUUUUCCAGUGCCAAACACAAGCACUUAUUCAGCUUGAAAUUUCCAGGUCACACUCAAAGAUCAGCUGCUUGGUAUUCACAACCAGGCGAUGCUUUUGUUGUUUACCGCUUUUGAUUGACUGUUGUACUCCUGUUCAGUGUUUCAAUACCCAUUGCAGUAUUGUUGUAUUUUAAAGACAUUUUAUUUCCUAGUUGAAUUAUGUUUUCAUAUUUUUGUUAAUUAUGUUAAUCUUUUUAAAGAGGUAUUAUCAGUUUGCUAUAUUUUUUUCAAUUUGGUAAAACUUUUCGAUUAAGAUCAUUUGUUUUUUUACUUCAAUAGAAGUUCGAGCAGUUAUCUCAAUCAAAUGUUAAUCCGUGUAGAUCCACUUUGUUGAAUGUGAAGAAUAGCAGUAAAAAAAAACAUUAAAUAUCGGUUCUUAAUUUGUUUAGAAAUCGGCUUCAUGAGUUGUAUUUACGUUUUACCUGUUGCACAAACAUCAGAUAUUAUCUGCAUUAGCUGCUAUAACUACAAAUGUAAUUGGGUCUAAAAUCUAAUCAUUUUGAUGUAGUUUUGGCGAGUCUUUGUCAGUGUGUGGGUGUCCGAAAAUGUGCAUGUGUAUCCUUCACUCAUUGCACAAAGUCAUUUAUAAAUUCAAGGGCUACCGUCAUUAAAACUAUUUUCAAUGUCUUUGAUUUUAAGUGUCAUUGAACAGGGAAAAAUAAUUCAUCGGUUUAUGUACUUUCAGUAGUUAUUUCAUUAGGGGUUUUUUUGUUUUUAAAACCAGAUUGUGUAUGUCAUCUUUGGAUGUAUUCAGAGUAAUCAAGGUUAUGCAGCCUUUUGUAUAAGGUUUGUAGUGCAUUCACGGUACAGGUUACAAAAAGAAUGUAAACCAUGUAGAAAAAGCAUUUAUUGUUAAAUACUAACACUUAUCAUAAGAAACCAUGCUAAUCUCUUUUAUAUGCAUAAAAAUAUGACGGUUUCUGAAGUAUUGCACAAAAAGUUUGCAGUAUUCUUGUAUUUUUGCUCAGUGAUGUUUGUAAUGUUUGUUGUUCAUCAAGUCCAAUGUAACACUCUUGUAUGGUUCAUGUGCAAAGUAUGGACUUUGAUUAUAAAUCCUCACAAUAGUGGAACCAAUGUAUAUGGUUACAUUUCUUAUAGAGCAGGGAAUCCUGUCAGUAUUUGUGAUCAAGAAUCAUUUUCUUGUUUUUGCAUCUGACAAAUCAUGUCUAUUCACUUUUCAAAGAGUUGUUCCCCACUUUUCACCUGAAAUUACUUCUGUUGCAAUAGUGUCUUUUUUUUUUUUUUUUUUUUUUGCUUAGGGAACAACUGUGUUGUUCUGUUUAUUGGUUGAGCUACCUUCCUGUUGAAGAAGAGCAUUAUGGGGGCAGUAAAAAAAAUUAUACCGAUGUGACUGGCAAUUGGAUCACAUUUAAAUCUUUGACAAAGGGAACAAUGUUCAUGUUUAUGCCUUUUAAGAAUGUUCUGUAAAUCCAAAUCAGUGUUGGCACUUAAGCCAUUUGCUGCCUGUGAUUAGUGUUGCCAGAGUAUUCCUAUCUGUAAGUAACAGAAAAAAGGGAAUAAAAACAAAAAUAUUUAAAAUGUUCACCACAGAUUUGUGGUAUUGUUUUAGAAAAUAAAAAUGUAUGC